UAUUCGGUGAGGCCCUGUGCUCGGAGGCGGGCGGUUUCUUCGAAUUAUGUGGAAAACAGAAUCAGAUUUUGUGACACAAAUAGACGGAAAAUGUUCCCUCUUUUCCGUAAAACAAAAGACGAAAAAACAAAACAAAACUGCCCUGAAUAAUAACUGAAGAAACGUGAACUACAGUAUACAGUACGGUACUAGAUCUAGGAAUUAAUAGUUCGUAACAUUUUCUUGUAGUCGUGACUUCGGUCGGAAAGCAAGAGUUUGUCAUGUAGCCUAAAUAAAAUGCCAAUUUUGCUGUAUCGUUGUGGUGAGUAAAAGCAGAGUAAAAGAGACAUGGACCAGAAAUGCUACGCUUUAGGUUGAUUGAAGAUUUCGCUGAGGAUUUAUUUGAAUGUGAGAACGAAAAAAUACAACGUAAGAAAGCGACGCUGUGAAAACUACAAUCAGCAACUACAUCAAGUCAAGAGAAAACAAAGAUAAGCCUGUAAGUUAAUCAGCCAAGGGUUUCUUUCUGUGAAGGAAAUCGUUGGAGAGGCAGACCAGUUCUUACCGUUAUCACAAGGAAUAGGCUACGGUCGCUGGACGAAAACUUUGAAGAAGACAAAAGAAAAAAGAAAUCAGCAACCCACAAAGUAUCAGAGAGUUCGGACUUACCUACUUCGAAAAAGACAAAGAAUAUUUAGAAAAGGAAAAAAAAAGAAAAGCCCAAGAGACUGAAUUCGGAUUUUUGGAUUGUGAAACAGUUGCGAGACUAAAGUGUCGUGUGACCCGACUGUGCCUAACUUUUUGUGUCGUGUGAACCAGCUGUACCUAACUUUUUGGUGUCGUGUGUGACCCAGCUGUACCUAACUUUUGGUCUUGAUCGCCGUUGGAGGCCGGUGUGAAGAAAGGAGUUGUGACGUCACAUUUGAACUGGUCUUCUCUUCUCAUGCCGAGUGUUCAUUCUGAUGAGGACAAGGGGAAGCUCACCGGCGAGUUUAAACAAUGGUGUAUACAAUUGGAUGGAGGAGGCGCUGUGCCGGAGCCCCUGAUGAAAUUGAUUGUCAACGAGGAUCUGAAGCAAAAGAAAAGGCAAAUGGAAGAGGCCACGAGAUCUUUGCAGCAACAGCAGACGACGCAUCGCGUACCUUCUUCUUCAUCGUCCUCAUCACCAUCAAGUUCACCACCCCAUGCAACAGACUCUCUUCAUCAACAACAGCAGUCGCAGCAGUGGCAGCAACUACAGCAACAUCGUCAACGCCAGCAGCAGCAGCAGCUAGGGGAGAUAAGUCGGGACUCUCAAGCGACACUGACCCCACCACAGCAAGUAUCAAACGUCUCAAAUCCUCAACAACAAUUACAUAGUUUACGCACGGGAAGUUUGCCCGUUGGUAACACACGAGUGACCCCACCACUCAGACGCCAGAUGGCCGUAGACUUGCCGCAAUCCUCCAUGCGAGCUUAUAACCCGAAUUUAGAACAUUUCAUCGGCUCACAAAAAUUGCAACAGAAGCCGCCGAGCACUGUGCCCUCGGCUGAUGUCUUGUUCCCCUCUCAAAAUCCCUCGGGAAGUGGCUCGGCCAAUGUUGCUCGUGUGCGAAGUGAGCCCCCUCUUAGAUACGAAUAUUCCAUGGAUACUUCAACGAACAGUACUUACUGCAACAUGGACACACCUACUGGUCUCGCGUCUAUGGGAUUUAGCACCAACCUCGCUCCAGUAUCAUCUCGUGGUCGGUCGCUUAGCAACCCUAUGAGCAUGGCUAGUGCGAGUAGACCGCUCCAAGCUGCUUCACAAGCACCACCAUCUAGGAAUACCUUAACCAAUCAACAGCGAGGGAAUAUGCUGUCACAGUCUUUGACCCCGCCCCCUGGAAGCCAGCAAGCAGCUGUGGCAAAUAGGCGUCCGAUUUCCCACCAGUCCGUGGGUCUGUUCAGCGGAAGUGCCUUGACCGGUCGGUCCUCGCUAUCUGCUAUGAAUCUCCCAAUCACUGUGGAGGACAGCAGUUCUUCCGAUGACAACAGCUACCCAGAACAGCCGCUGUUCCGGUCGGCUACGAUCCUGUCCCAGAAAAGGACCCUCUCCGACCCAGCUUUGCAGAUGAACCUGAAGAGGACCCCGUCGUCCACCGCGAUGGCAGGCAUGUCCUCUACCACCUCCACCACUCCCCUCCACGCAGCUGGCCAGCAGCAGCAGCAGCAGCUUUCCUUCCCCCUUGGCCUUUCAGCCCCAUCUUCUUCCAGCGUGACCUAUGACCCGCACACGACCUUGAGCAACCUGACCAAUGUCCACUGUUUCAGUGCCACCCGUACGUCCAACACCCCCUCCCCAGCCCCUUACAGUUUUAUCCCCGUGGGCCAGGAAUUAGUGGGAGGUGCUAUGGCCUCCCCUGCCCCAAGCUCCGCUCACUCCCACCAGCCAAGCACCACCCCUUCGUCUUCAAACACCCCAUCCCCCGCCCCACUCCUGUCCCUGACCUCAUUUCUGGAACUCUCAGCCUCUUCCCUCCCAUCAACCACAAGCGAUGAAGGCCAAGGUCACACAAGUCAAACUCUCUCGGGCGUCCCAAACUUUCUGCAGGUCCCUCGGGGGUCCACAUUAGCCAAUCCCUGUACUAGUACUGGACUGAGUGCUUCGAUUUCUGAACCCAUCCCUGAGUGGUACUCCUUCCUGGCUGACCUUCAAGACGGUGGAAUGUCCUUGACAUCUCGUCACGGUGCCUCUUCAGGUCAGGGCACCCCAAAUGCCUUGACCCCGAGGCCAGGCGACCAGCCCGCCACCCCAGAGUCUGCGUCAUCGUCCUCUUUUAUGAAUGUGCCAAACAUUAUAGAAGACCUCCUCGAUGACAGCCCAAACACUUGACAACGACUGGCGACAACAGCAACGGCAGAAACCAGCGGAAACACGCUCACUGCAGCUCGUCCCCCUACAACGACCACACUCGCACACACACACCUACACACUCUCUAGCACAUGUAUGUAUACAAGUGCACAUCCAACAAUCUUACUGAGCCCAACUAGUCUUGCCAGUUGAGUUGAGCUGAGUACCAUAAUGGCUUCCAUCCUGAAUACCCAAAGCCAAAAGACAGUGUGUUGUUGAUCUUGUUGUUGUUUACGGACAUAGGAGCUUCUCGCGUGUGACUGCUGUUGGAUGCUUUUGUUUCUAUUCUCAACCUCUUUGUGCUGUCGAUCCCCUGACGCACAGGCCCUCUAUCUGCUUUCCUCCCUGGAGCAGUGGUAGACUUUUCGUCCCGCGUUCUCUCUCUCUCUCUCUCUCUCUCUGGGGUAGCGGAAUUGUCUCUCUUGGAUCUCUCUUCCUGGAGGACGACCGCACGAGAAUCUGUGGUGGAACGGUUUUACAAGCUGUUGGCCGUUGCACUCACAACACAGAGGACGCGGGUUCGAUUCCCGCUUGGAAGAGUAAUAAAACUCAAUCAAACAUCUCCGUCUGUCUGCUGGUUGGAGCAGCGCUGUAUCCGACUCAGCACAGCAGACUGGCCCCUGACAUGCAGGGUUGCAGAAGCCCGCCUCCUAAAUCGGUGUCGACGGAAGCGGAUCACUUUUACAAUCGAAACGAACUGUCUUGUGCCUUGCUUUUAUCACGGCCUGGCGUACAUUUUGAUUAUAAGACUGGGGUAGAGGCUCCCUGGGACUUUGAGAUUCUUCUCCAAUCACGCCGUUUGUGGCUUCUCUUUGUUAUGGAUGGACCCUCUCAUAUUGUAGACCUGGAUUUCAUCGACAAGUCACAAGCUAGGAUUAUUUCUGAUUUCAUUUUGGACUUUUAUUAUUUAUUUGGACCGUACCAGAAACACUUUUGUCCCCUCGGACAGAAGAGAUAUUAUCACCUGCUCUUGAAUUGGAACCUGCGCCCUUUUGGAUAAUAAAGAACAUUUUGCUCACUUUUCCACGAAUUCCCUUUUGGGACAGUUUAUCUGUCUGAAAAGUUCGUACAUCUAUGUACAUGAAAGUGACAAUUUUUGGACAAUGUUUUCAUCUGGAUUACCUAUCACAGUGUGACAGCUAUUACUCAAGACCCGAUUUGAAUCGGUACCGAAGAAAUCAUCCACUCUGAUCAUUUGCCAAGAGGGUUCAAGAAAGAUAUCAAGAUACUUUUGGUAACUGGUGAAGGUUUAGAGUUAAAAGGAAAGGUAGACUGUCGAUUAAAAAUGAUCCUUUGUACAUUACAGAUUCCUUUUCAUUGGCUGUAUAUCAAUAUCAUGUUGAAGACAUUUAAAUUCAACGUUGUCGUGGCUUUUUUUUUGGGGUGGGGGGGGGGGGGGGGUAGACAAUACAAAGCAAACUUCUUCAAGAAAUAUUAAAUACGCAGGGGGGGGGGGGGUUAAGGAUGGAAAUUAUAACACUUGAUGUACGACUGUCGUGCCCUCUGUUGAGCAUGACUGGACCAUCUGGGCUAUAUCUUAUAAGAUGAUUUUCUACAUCAGAAGCUCAAUUCAUAUAAAUGAUGUAUACAGAGAGAGUGGAGGGAAAAAAAAAGCACCAGAGCUUUUUGUGGUAAUCUUUCUCAGUCAGUGAACGUGUGUGUGUGUGUGUGUGUGUGUGUGUGUGUGUGUGUGUGUGUGUGUGUGCGCGAGUAUGUGUGCCCUAAUAAUAGCUGAUCAUGUAGGAGCCAGAAUAAUCUUCUCUGUUCUCCGAGUGCGCCAGGAAUGAAUGUCCAUGAAUCUACUCUGUAAACGCAGUUUUGUUUCGAUGAGACAUUUUGUACAUUUGGGUUAAUAAUUAAUUUAUUAUUUCCGCGACCUUGUUCUCAUUGUGCCAGUUCUGUUCUUUGAUUUUAUUGGUUGAAAUCUCAAUCUAGUCUCGGGAUCAUCCCACCACAGUUUAUAGUUGUUUAUAAAAUAUAUAAUGGACCAAUCGUGGGUUUUUUUUUACUUGUUCCCUGACAAAUGGCAUAAAUUAUUUUAAAAGUUGGAACUACCUGUUUGAUUUUCACAUUGUAAAAAUUUCUCCCUUCACAACCUUCCUACUUUUGUAAGAUUUUUCAUAUUUCUGCUUAUGUUGCAUUUGUUUGAGUUAAAAUCAAUUAUUUUGAUAUACUCUAUUUUGCGGAACAUAAAACUGUACGCUUCGAAAUUCGCCACUCACACUUGCUGUGCAGGGCAAAGAAAAUUUACCGCAUAUAUGUUUGAAUAUUGCUCAACUUUUGUACUCUAUUUAUGAUAAGUACCGAAAUCCUCAAAUUUUUAUGAUGCUACGAUUAUAUUAAACAUAUAUAUAUUAUAACAGUCUGAUUAAAGCAGAAUUAUGUGCUUCAACAAAA